AUGUCAUAUCCUCAACAUUCCGCGCAGAGGCCGCCACCUUUGCGACAAUACAGCAAUGCUGCCCCACCUUCUAUAAAAUCCCCUGGAGGUUACUCGCAAGCUGGAUCCCACAGUGGAUUUAGCGACAGUGGCAUGGGGAGUCAAGACGGUUAUGACGAUGCGGCGUACAGCUACCAGUCCAGUUCUUCCGGUUCGCAGCCAUAUCCCGCUCCUCAGUCUCAGCCACGCUCGAUGCGCCCACCAGGUCCACCAGGCCCGGGAUAUGGGCGACCUCCAGGGCCCGGAUACGAUGAUCGGCGUGGCUAUCCUCCCAACGGACGACCACCGCCGCAAUCGCGAUCGCGAACACCUGGUGGGCGCCCACCCCCAGGCGGAUCUUUCGAUAAUCCUUUCCCCUCCUUCCCUAAUCGAGACCCCAGAGAUCCAAGGGCCCCCAGAGACCCGAGAGAUCGGCGCGGUCCGCCACUGCAAGGACUAGAGACUGAUAUGGCCGCGAUGGACAUCAAUGGCAGGGGGCCCCCUAGACCGCACACCUCAAAUGGAAGACGCCCAGAUAUGCGACAGCCACCUCCACGUGGACCUCCGCCGGGCAGAGGCCGAGGGGGUUAUCCGAUGGGUCCUGUGCGAGCCGCUAGCUCAGGCAGGCCUCCUCGAUCCGAUCGGGAUUACUUGGAUUCUAUGAGUCCACCUAUGCCUCCUCCGCCGCGAAGCACAACGAUGCCGCUUGCACCAGCUGCACCACUCUACCCAGGCCAGUCGACCUACCAAGAAACGGAAUAUGCACCAAGUUUCGCAGGCGAACCUCCCAUGCGUCCAGAUACUGCGGGAAGCAUGCGAUCUCCACAAUCCCGUGCGCCCAACGAUAUAGACUCAGGCCUAAUGUUACCCGUUGCUGGUAUGAUGAUCCCACCGGAGCCUGCUAAUCGCGUUUCAUAUGCGCCCAAGGAGUUUCUGGACAGUUACUAUGAGACUGGUGGUGGGGGUGGGGGUGGUGGUGCUGAUACCGAUCCCGAUGAGCCCGAUAUGCCCAAUUUUGAUGCAAUGCCAGAUGCUAGAAAUCACCACCUAAUUGAUGAGAUGGGACUGGACCCAACACCAGUCAGGAGACCAGGCCCCGGUCCAACUUCUUCUGGGAAUUACCCAUCGUAUUCCCCAGGUGGAGGUGAUGAUGCACGCUCCCAAACCCCACCGAACUUUCAACAAGCAAACAGCGCAAACCAGUUUGAAAAUGCGGGAUUCCAAUUUGAUAUCCCCGCAGAAGGUCCCACUGGUCCUGCUUACGGCCACCCAUCCCAUGCUGGUUAUGCAUCGAAUGGAUAUGAGGAUUAUGCUGGUUACUCGCAUGGUCCCUCCCCGGUCCCGACAAACCAGCCGGCUUAUCCUCAUGACCAAGCUGAGAUGCCAGACCCUCAGCAAAACCCCGAUGCCCUUCCUCACCACCCUGUUCCAUUCCGCCCUGGUCACGACCAGGCAUCAAAACCUGCGCCCCUUCGGCAAUACGGCACCCCCGAAGCCGCCCCUGCUCCUGUUGCUCCACAGCCGAUGAUGACGCCUGCUCCAACGGCCCCGGCACCUGUCACGACCGAGGAACUCCAAAAGCUCCAGCAGAAGGCGCGAGCCAACCCUUCUGAUCAGAAGACACAACUUCUGCUAGCCAAAAAGCUGGUCGAGGCAUCCACCGUCCUAGUAGGGGAUAACAGCCGACUUGAUCCCAAAACCAGAUCCAAAGCCAAGGAGAAAUAUGUGAUGGAUGCACAUAAAAUUGUCAAAAAGCUUGUUACCGCUGGAUAUUCCGAGGCUCAGUUCUUUUUGGCCGACUGCUAUGGCGAAGGCCUACUGGGACUGGAAGCAGACCCCAAAGAAGCUUUCUCACUCUAUCACUCCGCCGCGAAGCAAGGUCACGCACAGUCUGCAUACCGUGUGGCUGUGUGUUGUGAGAUUGGCCAGGAAGAAGGUGGCGGAACCAAACGUGAUCCGUUUAAAGCCGUUCAGUGGUACAAGCGUGCAGCUGCGCUUGGUGACACACCCGCAAUGUACAAAAUGGGCAUGAUUAACUUGAAGGGAUUGCUGGGUCAAGCCAGAAAUCCCCGUGAGGGUGUAUCGUGGCUCAAGCGCGCAGCUGAGCGUGCGGACCCGGAAAACCCACACGCACUCCAUGAACUUGCUCUCAUGUAUGAGAAUGCUGGCGGCAAUGAUAUCAUUGUCCGUGACGAGCAGUACGCCUCUCAGCUGUUCCAUCAGGCUGCCGAGCUGGGCUAUAAAUUCUCUCAGUUCCGACUUGGUACUGCGUACGAGUACGGACUGAUGGGUUGCCCCAUUGACAAUCGCCUGAGCAUUAUCUGGUACACUCGUGCCGCUGCUCAGGGUGAGCACCAGAGUGAACUCGCCCUCAGUGGUUGGUACCUCACCGGAUCUGAGGGCAUUCUAUCACAGAACGACACCGAAGCCUAUCUGUGGGCCCGCAAGGCCGCCACUGCAGGUCUUGCUAAGGCAGAAUAUGCUAUGGGAUAUUUCACCGAGGUUGGAAUCGGUGCUGCUCCCAAUCUAGAUGAUGCAAAGCGAUGGUACUGGCGCGCAGCUGCUCAAGGAUUCCCCAAAGCCCGAGAGCGUCUUGAAGACCUCAAGAAGGGCGGAAACCAAAUGGAAAAAACCCGUCUGUCUCGCUCGGCUGUUAAUAAACAGAGUGAUGGGGACUGUGUUCUCAUGUAA